UUUCCUAGCCCUCGCCAUAAUAUGUGGUUAUUCCAUAUCAUCAUCUCACUCCAUUAUUCUUUCUUUCGAUUUCACUGUAUAUCAUGCCAUCACUAGAUAUCACAUCAACAUGCCUGCUACUGCUAUUCCUUUGCUGGUUUGGGAUUGCAUUAGCACAACCAAUGACCGCGUCCUCACCAGACAUAAAGAUCCUAGAUGAUGUAUCAGAAACAUUAUCAUGCAGUCUUUCAUGCUCGGAAACCAGGACAAGUACGACCACCUCAUCCACAUUUACAUCCGCAUCCACGACCCUCGUAUCGUAUUCCUCCAGUUCCACAUCAUUGAUCACAGGACUCACCUCCAUGACUACCAGUGUCAAAGCAACCAAAACGAUGACCAAGACCAAAACCGCCACGGCAACCGUGAUGCCAGCCGUCUCAACACUGAGGACCAUCAAAGUUGAAGAAGAAGAGGAAGAAGAAGAAGUGAGUUUUCACGAAGCAAGACUUGUUCGACCUCAACCACACGAGAAAGAUCCGUGGCCAGCGUUGGCUCGUCCACUGACAACGACAAAACCCGCACCGAUUCACUUGAACCACGGAUUUGAUCCGUCUUCUUCAAGCCAUUCGUCUGACAGCGGAUCGACCCAUCAGGAAGAGGAAGACGAGACCAUGGUGGGCCCAGAUCAGCCGUCGGAGCAGUCGACUCAACGAGACGAAAUGAGCCCCUCGGAAGGAUUAAGUACGGUACAUACCGCUUUGUUAAGUGUUGGAGCCGUGUUGAUUGUCGGUGGAGUGGCCGCGGGCAUCCUCGUGUAUAAAAUCCAGCAUCGCGCACGACAAGCGAACGAAGCCUUUUCUUUGGAUCUGAAACGACAGGAUUUGGGAGGCAAGCCAACCACUCUGGGUGGUGGUCAUGGCGGCGGACGAGCCAUGUCCAUGAUUCAGUUACCUCUGCCGAGAUUUGACUCAACCGAGUUCCAUUGCGGACUGGAAGAUUAUAUUGUAACCGAAAACGAAGAAGCAUAUAUCAAGGAAGGCAUCGAUGAUAUCGAGAACAACCGUAUCGCCAUCUCGGGAGCAUUGAAGAAAUUCAUGGAUCAUCCGCUGCCUUUGCCACAAAGGCAACCGGAACAACCGGCACCUCCACCGCGACCAAGGAUCCCACUGGACCGAGGCGGUGGUAGAGAACGGCCUCCUCAUAAUCGACGGACCAUCCACGGCACCAGUGGUGUCCAAGUCGCCAUUGAACUACCUUCGGAUCAGUUUGUCCCUCUGCAGGGAUCCGACAUGAAACUCGCGUCGCGACAGGAGAUUCUCAGUGAUCCUGUGCGUCGCCGUGGAUUCGACGAACUGGCGUUUUGGGAAGCACAAAAGAACAAGCGACCCAAACCCUCGUCACCGCCAUAAUUGCACCUACGUUGUUUCUCGCUAUUGCAUUCUGUCCACUCAUAUAUCACUCUUUCGUUUCCUAAUUUCUAUCUACAUGUAAUAAUUAUCUUAUACUGUCCUUGUUCUUGCUACUUUUUUUUUACAUAUACUUUAUAAAACCUUGCGAAGAUGCUUUUUUUGUUCAACGAGUUUUUU